UGCAGCAGGCAUAAAUGAACAGCGGCGCCGGAAGUUUAAUCUUUUCGCUCUUGGGCAGUUGCAGGACUCUGAAAAGCGUGAAGCAACUCCACGCCUACGUGUGCAAGGCCGGUCUCGAAUCCGACCAAUUCAUCGCCGGAAAGCUCCUCAUUCAGUCCGCGGUGAAUAUAGCCGACGCGCUCGACUACGCUCGCCGCCUCUUCCUCCACAUUCCAAACCCAGACGUCUUCAUGUACAACACACUCAUCCGCGGGCUCGCUGAGUCCGAUUCCCCACAGGAUUCCCUGGAAACCUUCGUCUGCAUGCUCCGAAGCUCGGAGUUCCCUCCCGAUAGCUUCUCUUUCGCUUUUACGCUCAAAGCUGCCGCGAAUAUGAGGAGCUUGAAGAGUGGAUCUCAGCUGCAUUGUCAAGCUUUGGCUCGUGGUCUCGAUCGCCAUCUGUUUGUGGGGACUACAACGAUCAGCAUGUACGCUGAGUGCGGAACUAUUGGGCUUGCCUGGAAUGUGUUUGAUGAAAUGCCUGAACCGAAUGUGGUUGCCUGGAAUGCCAUUCUCACGGCUUAUUUACGGGGUGGGGAUUUGAAGGGCGCAGACGGAGUGUUCGAUUUAAUGCCGUUAAGAGACUUGACAUCUUGGAAUCUGAUGCUUGCUGGGUAUGCUAAAGCAGGCCAACUGGAUUGUGCCAAGACCAUUUUCGCUCAAAUGCCAACAAGAGAUAGUGUUUCUUGGAGCACUAUGAUUUUUGGGUUUGCAUGUAAUGGCUAUUUUGACGAAGCAUUUAAGCUUUUCAGGGAAUUAAGGAGGGAAGGAUGGACUCCAAAUGAGGUGAGCUUGACAGGGGUUCUAUCAGCCUGUGCCCAAGCUGGGGAGUUUGAAUUUGCAAAAACUCUCCAUGGAUUUAUAGAGAAAGCUGGGAUGAUGUGGAUUACAUCAGUGAACAAUGCACUUCUGGAUACAUAUGCUAGGUGUGGGAAUGUGGCAAUGGCUCGCUUAAUCUUCGAGAGAAUCCCGGGGAAGAAGAGUGUCAUUUCUUGGACUUGUCUGAUCACAGGGCUAGUAAUGCAAGGCCAUGUCGAGGAGGCGAUGCAACUUUUCAACAAGAUGGAAUCCACGGGAACUAAACCUGAUGGGGUCAUCUUCGUUUCAAUCCUGUACGCUUGCAGCCAUGCCUGUCUGAUCCAAGAAGCGCAACACAUUUUUGAUAGAAUGAGCAGAGAAUAUGGCAUGAAGCCAGAUAUGGAGCACUAUGGUUGCAUGGUUGAUCUGUACAGCAGGGCUGGGCAGUUGAAGAAGGCCUAUGAUUUCAUCACCCAAAUGCCUAUCCCACCCAAUGCCAUCAUCUGGCGAACACUUCUGGGCGCUUGCAGCUUCUAUGGUGAUGUUCAGUUAGCUGAGGUGGUGAAAGAUAGGCUGUCUGAGGUGGACCCUAACAACUCCGGUGACCAUGUUUUGUUGUCAAAUGUUUAUGCUGUUGCUGGGAAAUGGCAGGGGGUUGCAACACUGAGGAGAUCAAUGACUGACCAAAAGAUGAAGAAAACCCCUGGUUUGAGUGUAGUUUAAGUGGACUGUUUGCCUAUAUAUUGUUCAGUUACAUAGUUGGCGAAAUCUAAUCCAUUGAAAGCUGGGGUGAGAAGCAAAGCAAUUUGCAUGAGCUUAGAACAUGGAGGUGGCUGUGGCAUAGGAGAAGUGAGACAGAGAUAUGUUGCUACCCGACAGACUGCUGACUCAGAAUGCAUAUCACUUAACCUGAGGUGUGGUUGAUCGGAAGAUAUUCAUUUGUGCUUAAUCAAAGGUCAAUGGUUUGAUUCUUGAUUUUAGGUAUGGAACAAUCGAGCAACUCUAAAUCACCGAGCAAUUCAAUGAGGGGAUUAAUCACUGUGUUCGAUGGUGAAAACUCUGGGUGACAAAAGAAGAAGAAGAAGAAGAAGAUGUAUAUGAGUUAAGAAAUAGGUUUUUGAAAUUUAGCAUGACCUAUCCAAAAAGA